AGCCUCACCUGCCGGCCCUUCCCCGCCGGGCGGCGCAGAAGGACAGAGGGUCGCGGCUCCGCGACGCACUUGAGCCGGUCGCAGCGUCUAGGACCCCGCGUGGGGCACCGGCUCCAUGGCGACCGGGCUCGGGGAGCCCGUCUACGGACUUUCGGAAGAGGAGGGAGAAUCCCGUAUUCUCAGAGUAAAAGUUGUUUCUGGAAUUGACCUUGCCAAAAAGGACAUAUUUGGAGCCAGUGACCCGUACGUGAAGCUGUCCUUGUAUGUAGCGGAUGAGAAUAGAGAACUUGCUUUGGUUCAGACAAAGACAAUUAAAAAGACGCUGAACCCGAAGUGGAACGAGGAAUUUUAUUUUAGAGUAAAUCCAUCCAAUCACAGGCUCCUGUUUGAAGUAUUUGACGAGAACAGAUUGACACGAGACGACUUCCUGGGUCAGGUGGACGUGCCUCUUAGUCACCUUCCGACAGAAGAUCCAACCAUGGAGAGACCCUAUACAUUUAAGGACUUUCUCCUGCGACCAAGAAGUCAUAAAUCGCGGGUCAAGGGGUUCUUGCGGUUGAAAAUGGCCUACAUGCCGAAAAACGGGGGUCAGGAUGAAGAGAACAGCGAGCAGAGAGACGACAUGGAGCACGGAUGGGAAGUUGUUGACUCAAACGACUCAGCUUCCCAGCACCAGGAGGAGCUCCCUCCGCCUCCCCUGCCACCAGGAUGGGAAGAGAAAGUGGACAAUUUAGGCCGCACUUACUAUGUCAAUCACAACAAUAGGAGUACGCAGUGGCACCGGCCCAGCUUGAUGGAUGUGUCCUCUGAGUCUGACAACAACAUCAGGCAGAUCAACCAGGAGGCUGCACACCGGCGCUUCCGCUCUCGCAGGCACAUCAGUGAAGAUUUGGAGCCUGAGGCCUCGGAAGGCGGUGGAGAGGGCCCUGAGCCUUGGGAGACCAUUUCAGAGGAAAUGAACAUGGCAGGAGAUUCCCUCAGCCUGGCUCUGCCCCCACCGCCUGCCUCGCCAGGGUCUCGGACCAGCCCCCAAGAGCUGUCGGAGGAACUGAGCAGAAGGUUACAGAUCACUCCGGACUCCAAUGGGGAACAGUUCAGUUCUCUGAUCCAGAGAGAGCCCUCUUCGAGGCUUCGGUCCUGCAGCGUUACAGACACGGUUGCUGAGCAGGCUCACCUACCCCCGCCCAGCACCCCAACUAGGCGAGCGCGUUCGUCAACUGUCACGGGUGGUGAAGAAUCCAUGCCAUCAGUGGCCUAUGUACAUACCACGCCGGGCCUCCCUUCAGGCUGGGAAGAAAGAAAGGAUGCUAAGGGACGUACAUACUAUGUCAAUCAUAACAAUCGAACCACAACGUGGACUCGGCCAAUAAUGCAGCUUGCAGAAGAUGGUGCCUCCGGAUCAGCCACAAACAGUAACAACCACCUAGUCGAGCCUCAGAUCCGCCGGCCCCGUAGCCUCAGCUCGCCGACAGUAACUUUAUCUGCCCCGCUGGAGGGUGCCAAGGACUCACCCAUACGCCGCGCUGUGAAAGAUACCCUUUCCAACCCACAGUCCCCUCAGCCGUCACCUUACAACUCCCCCAAACCACAACACAAAGUCACACAGAGCUUCCUGCCGCCAGGCUGGGAGAUGAGGAUAGCUCCAAACGGCCGACCCUUCUUCAUUGACCAUAACACAAAGACUACAACAUGGGAAGAUCCACGGCUGAAAUUUCCAGUACAUAUGCGGUCAAAAGCAUCCUUAAACCCCAAUGACCUGGGCCCUCUUCCUCCUGGUUGGGAAGAAAGGAUCCAUCUGGAUGGCCGAACAUUUUACAUUGACCAUAAUAGCAAAAUUACUCAGUGGGAAGAUCCAAGACUACAGAACCCAGCCAUCACUGGUCCGGCUGUUCCUUACUCCAGGGAAUUUAAGCAGAAAUAUGACUACUUUAGGAAGAAAUUAAAGAAACCUGCUGAUAUUCCAAACAGGUUUGAAAUGAAACUUCACAGAAACAACAUAUUUGAAGAGUCCUAUCGGAGGAUCAUGUCUGUGAAAAGACCCGAUGUCCUAAAGGCUAGACUGUGGAUUGAGUUUGAAUCAGAGAAAGGCCUGGACUAUGGGGGCGUGGCCAGGGAGUGGUUCUUCUUACUGUCCAAAGAAAUGUUCAACCCCUACUAUGGCCUCUUUGAGUACUCUGCCACGGACAACUACACGCUUCAGAUCAAUCCCAACUCAGGCCUCUGUAAUGAAGACCAUUUGUCCUAUUUCACUUUCAUUGGAAGAGUGGCUGGCUUGGCAGUGUUUCAUGGGAAACUCUUAGAUGGGUUCUUCAUCCGACCGUUCUACAAGAUGAUGUUGGGGAAGCAGAUAACUCUGAACGACAUGGAGUCUGUGGACAGCGAGUACUAUAACUCUUUGAAAUGGAUCUUAGAAAAUGACCCCACGGAACUUGACCUCAUGUUCUGCAUAGAUGAAGAGAACUUUGGGCAGACCUAUCAAGUGGACCUGAAGCCCAAUGGGUCAGAAAUAAUGGUAACGAAUGAAAACAAAAGAGAAUAUAUUGACUUAGUCAUCCAGUGGAGAUUUGUGAACAGGGUCCAGAAGCAAAUGAAUGCCUUCUUGGAGGGAUUUACAGAACUUCUUCCAAUCGAUUUGAUUAAAAUUUUCGAUGAAAAUGAGCUGGAGUUGCUGAUGUGUGGCCUUGGUGAUGUCGACGUGAAUGACUGGAGACAGCAUUCUAUUUACAAGAAUGGCUACUGCCCCAAUCAUCCCGUCAUCCAGUGGUUCUGGAAGGCUGUGCUCCUGAUGGAUGCUGAGAAGCGGAUCCGGCUACUACAGUUUGUCACAGGCACCUCCCGAGUACCCAUGAAUGGAUUUGCCGAACUUUAUGGUUCCAAUGGUCCUCAGCUGUUUACAAUAGAGCAAUGGGGUAGUCCUGAAAAACUGCCCAGAGCUCACACAUGCUUUAAUCGCCUUGAUUUACCUCCAUACGAAACCUUUGAAGAUUUGCGGGAGAAACUCCUCAUGGCUGUGGAGAACGCUCAAGGCUUUGAAGGGGUGGAUUAAGGCCUCCGGCGCCGGGGGCGCUGCCCUUCCAGCAAGUUCUGCGUGCACUUUUUGCAUUUGCCUGGCAGACUUUUGCAGAGCCGGUGGCAGAAGCAGUUGCCUGGCCUGGCUCUGGAGCCCAGCUUGUCCAGGCCCGUGCCCAAGUUCCGCCAGGGCACGCAGCCCCAGCUCAAGUACCACCCCCUGUCACCACCGAUUCUCAACCGGUUGACGUGUACACUGAUUACAUUUCAGGAGGACUUGAUCUAUUUAUGUUGUGCCUCUGCAGGCAAAGCCCUUAAUAAAUAUUUUGCAUACUUUCUAAUGACAAUGAAUGGAAUUAAUCACGCUACAGGUAUAGUAUUACAACUCAUGUUUACUUUUUAAAAUGAUUUAGACUGAUUUUCAGAUUUUAUUUCAUUACAAUUAAAGAUGUCUCAUGUACUUGGAAAA